AUGGCUACAAGAACGUCACUGCGCUCUUUAACCAGAGCGACCCAGCUUCUGAGCCCUAGGCGUCCCUGGGUGUGCUCAUCCCGCGCGCAUGGAUGGUCGAUUCCCCGGCGCGGAGUUGCGACAACGCCGCAAAAGUCUAAGAAGCCUUAUUAUGUGACGACACCCAUUUUCUACGUCAACGCCGCCCCUCAUGUCGGUCAUUUAUAUACCAUGGUCAUCGCCGAUAUCAUGAAGCGUUGGCAAGUCGUGCUCGGAAACACAGAUGCUCAAUUGUUGACGGGAACCGAUGAGCAUGGGAUGAAGAUCCAACAAGCUGCUGCCAAAGCUGGCAUGGACACACAGGCAUUUUGCGACAUGAACUGCCGAACCUUUGAGGCAUUAGCCAAAGCAGCGAACCUCGAUAACGAUCACUUCAUCAGAACCACCGACCCGGCGCACCGAGAAGCCGUUCAAUAUUUCUGGGAAAUGCUGCAACAUAGAGGCUACAUCUACACAUCAAAGCAUGAAGGAUGGUACUCAGUCAGCGAUGAGACAUUUUACCCGCAGGCACAAGUGCACAGCUCGCUGGAUCCGACAACAGGUCGAAAACUCAUGGUCUCGACAGAGACAGGAAAAGAGGUUGAGUGGUCCUCAGAGACCAACUACCAUUUCCGUCUUUCGGCUUUCAAGGACCGUUUGCUUGAGCUGUACCAGAGAGAAGAUCCCUUCAUCACCCCUACAACGUAUACAGCUUCUGUAAUCAACUCCGUUGCGACGGGCCUGCAGGAUCUCUCCAUCUCUAGACCUGUGGAACGUCUUACUUGGGGGAUACCGGUUCCCGGCGAUGAUUCGCAAACCAUCUACGUGUGGCUCGAUGCGCUGGUGAAUUACCUGACCAAAGCUGGAUAUCCGUUCCCGCCCGGAAAGGAAAACACAUCCGCAUGGCCUGCAGAUUUGCACAUUGUUGGUAAAGAUAUUGUUCGAUUCCAUUGUGUCUAUUGGCCGGCAUUCCUUAUGGCCCUCGACCUCCCUCUGCCGCGGAACGUACUGGUGCACGGACACUGGACAAUGAAUCGCGAAAAGAUGUCCAAGUCCACCGGAAAUGUCGUGAACCCGUUCUUCGCCAUUGAACGGUUCGGAGUUGAUGGCAUGCGCUUCUUUUUAGCCUACCGGGGUGGGCUCUCCGAUGAUGCGGACUUCGACAAUUCAUUCAUCAUUCGGGAUUACAAGAAGUUACUGCAAAACGGUAUCGGAAACCUUGCGCAACGCACGAUUGGAUGUGCGCGUGGCAAUUUACGCUCGUACAUUACGGAUGCCCAGUCCGAUAAGCUUCCAGAGGCCACCCCCGAGGAUCUGGAACACCAGGCCAUGUUGCAAGAGACGCCCACCAAGGUAGCGGAGCUAAUGGCGAACCUGAAUCCCCGUGCCGCUCUGCAGGAGACCAUGAGCAUAAUCGAGAAGGCGAACAAGUACUUCCAUGCCACGGCCCCGUGGAGUAGUCCCGAACCCCAACGGGUGCUUUACAACGUGGCGGAAUCGCUGCGGAUCGCAGGCAUAUUAUUGCAACCGUACAUGCCCGGCAAGUCUCAUGACCUUCUGGAACUGCUCCGUGUCAACACCUCGGACCCCUCCAAGCGGGCAUUCGCGGCCACGGCAUACGGUUCGGAUGCAGAUUACGGUGAGGGCGUGAAGAGAGGUAUCCUGUUCCCACCUCUACUCACAGAAGAGUAA